ACACACUCUCCUUCUCUUUGACUUUCUUUCAGUGUCUCUCAGAGCUCUAGGUGCUGCUCCUGCUUCCUCUCUCUCUAUUUCUGUCUCUUUCUCUUGCUCUCUCUCUGUCUCUCUAUUCAUCUCCACUGUGUGUGAGAUAACAUCUGCCUCUGAGAGAUUCCAGGAGAUUUCAGGAGUUACAAGAGAUUCAGUGAGUUUCAUUCAGAAAUCUGAAGACAUCAUGAAGUUUGAACUGCUGCUGCUGUUUGCCCUGGCUGGGUCUUUUUGUACCAUCACACAUGCAAGUACUCUUGUGGUACCGACAGCAGAGGAGCUGGAGAAAAUAAGGGAUUCUGUGCCCACUAAAGCAACAGACAGAAUAAGUGAGGGGGUAGAUGCUGUAGAUGCAGCUGUCACUGAAGCAUCACCAGCAGAACCUGAAACAGUGGCUACUGAAGUUGCUGUGAAGGAAACAGAGGCACCUUCAGUUAGUGAAGUUCCUGAGAUAGGAACAGAGGCACCAGUUAAUACUGAAGAGCCUGUAACAGAAACAGAGGCAUUAUCAGUUAAUAAUGAAGCUCCAGAAGAGCAUACAGAAGCGCCUUCAACAGCUCAUACUGAAUCUCCUGAGGUAAUGCCAGAAACAACAGUAGGACCUGUGGAAACAACAGCAGAAAACACUGUGGCAGAGGAGACAGUAGCAACAGAAGGUACACCUAACAUUGAACCUGAGACAACAGAUCAUGCUGAAACUUCAGAAACAGAGCUGAUAGGCACCAAAUUCAAAGAAGGUGCUGACCAUAUGUUCAAACCAGAGACAGAAGACGUGAAUGUGGAGGACUCAGAGGGUAUGAGUACUGGUCAAGUGGUGGGCAUUGUGUUUGGUGCACUGGUCGCUGUGGUCGUCAUCAUUGCAGUGAUCGUCGUGGUGGUCAGGAGGAUGGGACAAUACUCCCCAUGAAAAGGAAGGCAGCAGGACAGGAAGAAAAGAAGAAGAAGAAGAAGAAGUUCUGGAAAUUCUGAACUACUGAACUGAUGUAAUUUCCUGUCAUUAAAUAAGCAAGCUAGGAGCACUCUAACCAUCAAGGACUAUUAAGGCAGCUUCCUGCCUACCCCGAGCUCUACAGCCAUUGAUAUGGACACUCUACCCUUCCCCCAUCGUCAUCCACCAUACUCCACCUGCCCCACCCAAAUUACCCAUAACUCCCUCCACUGCCAAAGAUUAAGACAUGAAGUAAAGAGUGUGUCAAAUAUAGGGUUAACACAUCUGGGUUGUUAGGAGGACCUAUUGAACAAACCCAUUUACAAUCAACAAAUACCAAAAAAAAAAUUUCUUUUAAAACAAUGGCGAGGGAUGAGGUAAAGUAUGGAAAUGAGAAACAGUACAUAAGGUGUAAAUAACACAAAAAGAUUGAUCAUAACACAUCAGCCUUAACCUUCUUUCUCUCUUUUUUUAUUGCAUUCUAUGUAUCAGAAGCAUUCGUACACACACCCGAACAGUCCUUGAAUCUGUAUACACAUUUAGUUCCUUGUAGCAUGACAACAAUCGACAUCCUGCAGUUGUAUGAUGCAUAAAAGACAACAUAUAACCAGAUUAUAAAUGAACUGUAACCUGUUGUAAGCUGUCCCAAGCAGAUCCUGUCAGGACGAAUCAGUCCUUUAUGCUAUUCUUUCAUAUUUUAGUAUAACCAGUUAAUGCUGGCAUAUAAAACUUUGAAACAGCAUUAACAGGAGGACUAGCAACUCUUUCAGUUCAUUAAUGUGAAUUUGAAUUGACGUGGUUGUUCUUAACAGCAUCCCUUCUUUUCUUUUUUUUUUAUAGCAGUAAUCACAUCAUAUUUACUUUGCUUCACAGUAUAACGCCAGUGUGAAUGCUGCUCAAAGUUUUGCUACCAGAGUAUUUUUUGGAAAUUUUGUUCAAUCUGGAAAACAUUUAGGAACCUUAGAGACACUCGGUCUCAUCAGCCUUUUACAUCAUGUGGUCUGGCUACCAGACUUGUGUGUUAACCUCAGGUUCACUGGACUAGAAGUGACUCUUUUUUUUUUGCUGUGUAAUUAAGGGGUGUGUGAUUUGCUGUGCUUGCUUUUAAUAUGUGCACUGACUGACAAACAAUGUUCAAUGUAAAAGGGUUUGAGACACUGCAACAAUUUGCAACGAUGCCUUUUUUUUUAAUGCUUAGUCUAUACGCCAGGUCCUCACUUUACUGUCUGCCGUCUACGUCAUUUUAUUUAAAUUGCAGUGUUUUUUUUUUUUUUUUUGCCUUUUCGGAUGUUCAUAAUGUUUCAAUAAAAAAGUGAAAACUGA